AGGGAUCAGCGCUCAUUUUCUUCGUGACAAUUUCCAUUUUCCGGUCUUCUAGUAGGAUUUUUCAUUUUAACAGGGUUAAUUUUCUUCAAGGUAGGAAACAUGGCUAGACAAAUACCCCUAACAUGUAGCGGACACACAAGACCAGUGGUUCAUCUCUCUUUUUCUGAUAUAACUCCGUACGGAUACUUCCUUAUUAGCGCGUGUAAAGAUGGCAAACCUAUGUUACGACAAGGUGAUACAGGAGACUGGAUUGGUACAUUUGAGGGGCACAAAGGAGCAGUGUGGAGUGCAACGUUGACUGGAGAUGCUGCAAAGGCUGCCACUGGAGCUGCAGACUUUACAGCGAAAGUUUGGGAUGCCCUUACAGGAGAUGAAGUGAGGAGUUUACCACAUAAACAUAUCGUUAAAAUUGUGGAUUUUUCUCCAGAUGGUGAGAGGCUCCUUACAGCAAGUAAUGAAAAGCUUAUGAGAAUAUUUGAUCUUCAAAGUGAUAAUGCAGAACCUGACUUGUUAAAAGGCUAUACAGUUAAUAUCAGGGCUGCUUUGUGGAGUAAAGAUGGCAAGUUUGUUUAUAGUGGAGGAGAGGAUAAAGCCAUGAGGAUUUGGGAUACAAGAACUAUGGGUGAAGUAAAGAAAGUUGAUAUACCACAGAGUGCCACAAGUAUGCUUUUAUGCAAGGAUGACAAUUUACUGAUUGUCACUUAUGCUAGAACUAUCUCAUUUUGGGAUGCUGAAAGAAUGGAACCUAUAAAGUCAUUUGAGGCCCCAACACCAAUAUUUUCAGCUUCACUCCACCCGAGCAAGUCUUGUUUUGUAGCUGGAGGAGAUGAUUUCAAACUUUACAAGUUUGAUUAUGGAGAUGGAAAAGAACUAGAAUCAUACAAAGGACAUUUUGGCCCUGUCCACUGUGUAAGGUAUUCUCCAGAUGGUGAGCUGUACGCAUCGGGAUCUGAAGAUGGAACACUGAGACUUUGGCAACACACUGUUGGCAAAACUUAUGGACUGUGGCGGGCUGUUAACAAUGGUGUUGCCACAGAUGCAGCAAAUUCAUGAUAACUUAUUUAUCAUUGCAGUACCAUAAAUUACUUAUUGUAAUAAUGACAUCUGCAGUGCCAAAAACAAAAUACCAUUUUUUUCUAGUUAAGUGUAACUAAUAUGAUUCCAAACAGUAUAUUUCUAGCAGAACAUGUUAGAAAGAAAAGCUUUUGUCACAAACAUAUUGCUUUCUGGUUUCUUGAAAUAUUCAAGACAUGUGAAAAAAAGUCCUUGGCUAUGUGGUUUUAUGUACAUCUACAUAAUAUGUUUUGGCUACAAGUGAGAACUUGUAUGUUGACAUCAGGAUUAUAGUGUAAAUCAUACUGGAUGAUGUAUUUCACAAGUUUACAACUUCCAACCCUGCUGAGUAAGAACUGUCCAGAGAAGGAAAAUGAAAUUUCUGGUUCAUUGUUAUACAUUAAGCAGAUAUUUAUGUUUUCUAUAAUGUCUUGCAAUGUAAUGUAUAUAACGUCUUCCAGUCAAAAUAAUGAUAUAUACAACUGAUCAUAUUAUUAUAUUUAUUGCAAGCACAUCCAAUAUCCUAACAAGCACUAUAAUAUAUAGUAAUAAAAAAAUGUAUGUAGACCAGUGAACCUUGAUUGGGCUCUUCAGAGGUAAAAAGGACAAAAGACUGCUGGGUAGAUGAAUAGGCAAAGCUGAGAGGGGAGUAAAAAAAAAAAA